AUGGGUCCCCGCAACACCCGCUCAUCCGCAGCCGCGAACAAGGUCAAGACCCCGGUGGCGAGCAAGGCCAAGACCCCGGCGGCGAGAAAGUCUGCUGGUGCCGGGGUGGCAACCAAGUCUUCGUCCAGCAAAGCAGAUUCCGGAGCUGAUGCUGUACCGGUGCUGAGCUAUGCAGCUCGGCUCAAGGCUAUGAAGGAGUCGCUACGAUCCCUAUUGCCCAACCUGACAGCGCAAGAGCUGGACGCAAUGGCUCGGUCGAACCUAGCCAAGGGAUCAAAGGGGAUCUCUGGGGAGAAGGAGCAUCAGGAUGUACACAAUGAGACACAGACAUGCAGAUGUGCAAGCCAAGAGCAAGGCGAUGAUGGAACAGGAGGGGACGAUGACGAUGCCAUUGCUGAGGAAGAGUCGAAGGCUGGGGGGUCUGAUGAGGAUGAGCUAGUGAUACCGUCAAAGAGCAAAGGGAAGAAUCGAAGGUCACCGGGCAAGUCCACACCCAUUACCACGCCGCGUAAGAGAAAAAACGUCCCUUCUUCUUCCGACAACGAGGACAGUGAUGGCGAAUCUGGGUCAGAGAAGCCGGAGAAGAAGAAGACCAGGACUCAACGCCAGGAUCAGUUGGCGGAACAGGCAACAGCAGCGGGUAACAAACGUAAGAUUGUGGAGGUCGCAAUUAGUUCUGCGCCGAGAACGCAGGCUCCGAAGGACGAGGAUGAUCUGGCUGCGCACCUUGGCUCGAGGACUGUGAAGGCGAAGAAGAAAGCCGCUCCCAUCGUUCUUGGCAGCGAAGAUGAGGAUGAGCUGGAGACCAGUGACAAGGAGGGGGUUCCCAGAAGGAAGGAGACACGGUCGUCGAAGGAUGAAGGCAAACAUGUGGCAAAGGGCAACUCCAGCAGGAGAGAGCCGUCUCCGAUGGACGUGGAUGACUCGCAGGACGGGGAAGGCUCUUCGUACAAGGGCUCCGACGGGGAUGGCGAGGACGAGGAUGAGAGCGCGGACCAAUUGUUGUCGAAAGACGAGGAAGCUCCGAACGAGAUCAUUGUGAAGAUGGAGGAAGAGUCCGAGUCGAAGGGUAGGAAGAGGAGGCAACCACGGAAGAAGGCAGACUCGAAGAAGUCCGAGGCGGGCAAGAAUGAGCCUACCGCUGGCGCGUAUGAGAAGCUCAUGGAGGACGUCGAUGUCCGCAGCCUUCUGGGGAAAGCCCAACAAGAGCUUAGGGUGUACCUUGCUCUGGAGAAUGCUUGGCCUCGUAUGAAGAAAGGUGUCUCCGAGAAGCAUGCGGCGACUGCCAACAUCUACCAGAGGGAGGACUUCCAGAAGAAGUUCGAGCCGAAUUGGGCCUUCCAGAAGACAAAGAACAAGAUCAUCGCAUACGUGAACAAGGCUGCACCCCAGCUUCGGCAGGAGCUCAAGCAGAAGGCGAAGCGCGUGGUGGAGAAAGAGUUCUUGUCUAUCAGGCUGCCCGAGGUUGGGGACGAUGGUAAACCAGUGGAUGCUGUCGAGCGCAACCAGAAGGUGAAGAAAGCCCGGGAGAAUCGCAUCAAGUUCUUGAAAGACAACAACACCUUUCACUACGGGCAGCUUGUGCUACCGGAUCCCGAGGUUGACCCAUCGGAGCCAGACCUGGACAUGCUGUUCCAUGGUCUGUGCGUGGCCGAGGUCAUCGCUAACCAAUGGUUCCGCGGACAGAACCCGGACGUGUUUCGCCCGGCGUGCAAAGAACGGUUUGACCUUGGCGGUGCGUUGAAGAUCAUCCCAAGCAACAUGAUUGCCCUGGCGUGCAGUGCGAUUCUCGUGGCCUUGGACGAGUGGAUGAACGACAACAACACGGUGGAAUUCCAGGUGAAGGUGUACGAUCGCCUGCUGUCUGGCGUGGAGAUGAUCCAUUGGUUGGCCAAUCCGAACAACAAGGACUAUGACGAGGGCUGGGGAAAACCUCUCGGAGUCCCUGAACGCCAGGUGUUCGCUGGGCUUCGGGUGGAUUCGCAGAGUGGGCAAGGCGAGGAGAAGUCCAAUGCGGACCUAGACCCUCUCAUCAACGCUGGGAAGGUGAAGGCUAGGUGGCAGUCGAGGGGUGGUGCUCCCGACAACGCUCAGGCUGGGCUGUCCAAAUGCUGCGUCCAAGGAUAA